AUGGCUCGUCUGCGCGAACUCAUUUCGGAUGUGGACGUUUUCAUUCAAGGUUACCGCUAUGGGUCGCUGGAACGACGAGGCCUUGGCCUUAGUACCAUGCUCAAGCUCGCGGCGAAGAGAAGCAAAGGCAUUGUGUAUGUUGACGAAAGUUGUUACGGUCCGGAUGGCCCAUUUGCCGAGCGGUCCGGCUGGCAACGAAUUGGAGAUGCAGCAAGUGGAACAUCCUAUGUUAUUGGUAGGUCUUUGGGACCUGAACCGGGUCACAGUGUUCUUCCGCCCCUUCCAGUCUCUGAUAUGACCGCUGGUGUCGUCGGUGCACUCGGAGCUAUGGUGGCCAUCCGUGAUCGAGCCCUAAAAGGAGGUUCAUUCCACGUAGUCACCUCCUUGGUCGCCGCUGACACAAUUUCUCUGGAGAGGGAGAUCAGAUUAUAUCCACCUAGUGUGGUUGCGGAAACCGUCAAACGAUCCGGAUUUGUGCCGUCAACACCGGGUCAAUCUGUGUCUGAGAUCAUGAUUCAAGUCAUCGAUGGCUGGAAGAAGGAUCUUCCAACUCUGGUCAAUGAGAGUUCGGAGCUGUUGACGGAGUACGAAGGCCCAUGGGGCAAGCAGAAAAUCCUGACAUCCGUGGCACGGCUUGAUGAUGAUGACGCAACCCCGCGGUGGACAUCCCCUUCUGUACCCAACUGUCACCACAGUAGAGAUAUUAAAUGGCUGUAA